ACACCUAUCACUUUAAUGGAGACUCAGUCGAGUAGUGCACCCAUAACUACCAAGAAGUUACGUCACAAGGUCAAAAUAGCAUUCUACAUGUUAAGGAAAACCUUAGCAAAAACCAAACUACUAAUUGAUCUCCACAUCAACCUCAGAGACGGCAAACUUGCGCGCAAUGCCCUCACAAGCCUCCUCCUCCACCACCACUACGCAGCCACCACCUGUGGUUGCGCCUCCAAUAACAUGGACAAGUUGUUUAUUUCACCUCAAAAACACAAGUUACAAAGCAGCGGGGUUUCCAAAUGCAAAUUCCAUGACGAUGACAAGAUCAAACAAGUAGUGCUUGACAUGCUGAAUGACGGCGGUUCCCCCAUAGAACCAUCGCCACUGUUGUUUCCAGUGCCACUGGUGGUUAGUCCUGAGUUAAGGGUGAAUGAGACGCCGUUGCGGGAAGAUGCAGAAUGUCAAGUAGACAAAGCUGCAGAAGAAUUCAUUAAGAAGUUCUACAAACAAUUAAAACAACAAAAUAUUACUUAUGCAGACUCUCCAUCACCAAACCAUUUGUGGGCUCAAUGACAAACGGAGACGUUGAUGGAGGUGAUUUCAUAGUUUAAGAAAAGAAAGAACAUCAUAUCAGCUUUCAAAUAAGAUUGUGGAUAUGAGUUAUGAGGAUGGCUUGUACUCUUUUCCGUUAAUCAUAUAUAUUCUGAGGUUGUUAGCAACAGACUCUUAUUAUUGUUAUUUUAUGAUCAACAACGAAGGGGCAAAUGCCCGAAUUAUUGUAAGCUAAAGGCAAAAGAAUCAUUGUUAAAUAAGUUCAAUUCAUUUUAA